AUGGGCGCGCAGGCGCGCGCGCGCUCUCUCACGCCGCUCCCGAGGGUCGUCUGGUUGGAGCCGGCGGGACGUGACGGGCGACUUGGGCGUUCUGACGCCGGUGCGAUCCGCGGGAUCCUGACUGAGGUCGACAAGGGCGGGGGCGGUUGCGGCACGCGGGUGCUGCGUGCGUGCGCGCGCUGCGUUCACAGGACUGCACCUCUCGUCGACCGACCACUCGAGGAGAUAGAGAAGAGAUAUGGGAACCCUUUCAAGGGGGUCGUCGCCGAUGUCAAAGGGAGAGCGUCUUGGUACAGGGACGACUGGGUUGCAGGGCUCCGAACUGGCUUCAGGAUAUUGGCACCUACCAUGUAUAUAUUCUUUGCCUCCGCACUCCCUGUCAUCUCCUUCGGAGAGCAGCUGAGCAACGAAACAGAUGGUAUCCUGAGCACAGUUGAAACUUUGGCAUCUACGGCGAUAUGUGGGAUAAUACACUCUAUUCUUGGAGGGCAGCCACUGUUGAUCGUUGGAGUUGCUGAACCUACUAUUAUCAUGUAUACGUACCUUUACAAGUUUGCCAAGAAGCAGCCAGAUCUGGGAGAACAGCUAUAUUUGGCUUGGGCUGGAUGGGUCUGCAUUUGGACUGCUAUCAUGCUCUUUCUGCUGGCCAUGUUCAAUGCUUCCAACAUUAUAAGCAGGUUCACGAGGGUUGCAGGAGAGCUUUUUGGUAUGCUUAUCACCGUCCUCUUCCUGCAACAAGCUAUCAAGGGAAUUGUAAGCGAGUUCAGUAUGCCCAAAGAUGAUGAGAUUUCUGACCCCAGCUCACCCAUAUACCAGUUCCAGUGGAUUUAUGUCAAUGGCCUACUUGGUGUUAUAUUUUCCAUUGGCUUGCUGUACACUGCACUGAAGACUAGGCGUGCAAGGUCAUGGCUGUUUGGGAUAGGAUGGCUUAGAAGCUUCAUUGCCGAUUAUGGUGUACCACUGAUGGUGAUUGUGUGGACAGCAUUUUCAUUUGCACUACCAAGCAAAGUCCCUUCAGGAGUGCCUAGGAGGCUCUUCAGUCCACUUCCCUGGGAGUCAAUCUCACUGAGACAUUGGACCGUAGCAAAGGAUUUGUUUUCUGUCCCUCCAACAUAUAUAUUCGCAGCCAUCGUGCCUGCUUUGAUGGUCGCAGGACUUUAUUUCUUUGAUCACAGUGUAGCUUCACAGUUGGCUCAGCAAAAGGAAUUUAAUUUGAAGAAGCCUUCGGCCUACCAUUAUGACAUUUUGGUACUUGGAUUUAUGGUCCUACUAUGUGGUUUGCUUGGCAUUCCUCCAUCAAAUGGAGUACUUCCUCAGUCCCCAAUGCAUACCAGAAGCCUUGCUGUCCUCAAGGGGCAGUUGCUACGCAAAAAGAUGCUUCAAACUGCCAAAGAGGGCAUGUCAAACCGUGCGAGCAGUUUGGAAAUAUAUGGCAAGAUGCAGGAAGUGUUCAUCCAAAUGGACAGCAACAUGAAUGCUAAUUCUGUUGACAAGGACUUGAAGAGCUUGAAGGAUGCUGUGCUGCGGGAAGGUGACGAAGAAGGGAAAUUGGCUGGAGAAUUUGAUCCUAGCAAACAUAUCGAAGCACAUUUGCCUGUUCGCGUGAAUGAACAGAGACUAAGCAACCUGCUGCAAUCAUUACUUGUUGGUGGGUGUGUUGGAGCCAUGCCGGUUAUCAAGAUGAUACCGACUUCGGUCCUCUGGGGUUACUUUGCCUAUAUGGCCAUUGAUAGCCUACCUGGGAACCAGUUUUGGGAAAGGUUGCAGCUUCUGUGCAUUGGAGCAAGCCGACGCUACAAGGUCUUGGAAGGCCCCCAUGCAUCUUUCGUGGAGUCAGUGCCUUCAAGAACAAUAUCUGCCUUUACGGUCUUCCAGUUUGUGUAUCUCCUGAUAUGCUUCGGCAUAACAUGGAUACCAGUAGCAGGGAUCCUCUUCCCGCUGCCUUUCUUCAUUAUGAUUCUCAUCAGGCAACACCUACUCCCAAAGUUCUUUGAGCCCAAUGACUUGCGGGAACUGGACGCAGCUGAGUACGAAGAACUUGAAGGUGUCCCACAUGAACAAACACCGGAGGAAGAUGGCUCAAAUUCAGGAAGCUGUGACAGCAGAGACGACUCUGAAAUAUUGGAUGAGCUCACAACAAACCGUGGAGAGCUGAAGCACAGAUCCGUAAGCCAUCCUGAAGAAAGGCACCUUCAGUUUCAAACUCCCCCGUGCAGAUCCACUCAAAUGCAGUUCAGCCAAGCGUGUGAAGAUGGAAAAAACGUCCCGAGGUCCGAGGCUAUGAUGGUGAUUCUGUCAGAAGUGUAUAUUAUGGUGAAGCCAUUGUUCGUUUCCGAAUACGCCAUUGUCCAGUAA